GUCUAAGUGGGGAGUAGGGUUGAGGGGGUUCUCUGGGAGAGCCCCUGGCACCCCCUACAGACAGAGUGAGGAGAAACAGCCGAUGCUGUUUGCUGAUUUAUAUCUGUGUAGCUGCUCUCCGAAUGGGCCCGUCAGGAAAAUCCUGCUUUAUUAACCUCCUGACCGGCUGUGAUCUGACUUAGCCAAGGAUUAAAGGACGACAAACGCAUCCCGCUUAGCUGAGAUGCUCAGAAUCCCUAAAGCAGGAAUUUCCUUAUUUCAUUGUUAUUAUUUAUCGCUUACUGUUAAUUGUUCACUUGGCCAGAUAGCUAAGAGAUGAGCAUCCUUAUGGGGUGCAUAAAAGUAUUAUAAACACCUCGCUUUACCUUAUGGUGAAAUAAAAUAAUUUGGGGGUGGUGUUUAGCUCAGUGGGUUUGGUUGCUGUACUUGUGAUUGUAAGACUGCCUGUUCAGUUCAUUUGGGCCCUUGAGCGAGGCCCUUAAUCCCCAAUGGCCCCAGGGGUGCGGGACAUUGACUGAUCCCAGACUAUGACCCACAAGACUGUCCUGCAAUGUCUGCGUGUCUAAUGGAGAGCAAGACGGGACAGGAGAAAAGACAAUUUCUCCCCAAAAAUGACUGUGAAGUGUCACUAUUCCUAUCUUUUGUUAUGCUGUUCUGAAACCAAAGAGAGUUCAAAAUGGAUCCACAUCGACACACUGACUUAUUCUUCAAUUGUCUUAUUGUUCGGCAUAUGUGUGUAUUUUGAUUCUUUUUCCUGAACCCACCUUUUGGAUUUACUUUUCUCUUCCUUGAUUUAAUAUGAGAUUAGCGAUUAGCAAUUACCGAUUUCUGGAAAUAACCAGCUUUUGAAUUACAUUUUGUUUUAUAAGUGGUGCUUUAAGCCAAAGAACAGGGUCAGUCAGUCCCUGGAGCAACUGAGGUUAAGAGCCUCGCUCAAGAUUAAGAUUUAACAUUCUCCACCCCAAGGAGGAGCCAAAUUCUGGGAUGUAAUAAUGAAAUCACUCUGUCAACCUUGGGGUUUGAACCAAUAACCUUCCGAUUACAGGCACAGUGGCCUAACCUCCAGGGUCGACACGGGAAAAUACUGGUCUGCGUGUGAUGGGGUUUUUGGCUCCACCUUCUGGGUAUUGCCCCAACUGAGAAACUGAAGACCACGAAGGAGACCAGCGAGCCAGAGAGGGGCCAGUCUGGAUACUAGAAGACCUGAGGCUGCUGCAGGUCACCACAGCCUGCGCCGAACAGAACGGCUCAGACGAGACUCCGGGAUCCCUCUUCAAGCCCCGCGGGAGCCUUCAGAAAGGAUUGAUGCAGACUUGUGUCAGCCACACUUCGGAAGCGAGAAAUCAGCGGAAUUUGAUGAGCCGCGAGAGGAGCCCUCGUUGCUGACCGUCACUGGAGAGAGGAUUAAUCGCUCGUUCACCUGGCUUGAUGUACAUGUUUCUGGGCAGCACUCCGAGGAGAGCCGACCACGGAAUUCAAGACGGCUGCCGGGGAAAGACCGUCAAGCAUGCCCACAGAAACACUACAGACAGAUAGCAUGGUCAAGCCCGCGGGCCAGGCCACCACCUAUGCCUCGGCUGUGCCUCUCCGCAUCCUUAAUAAGGGGCCAGACUACUUCCGUCGGCAGGCAGAGCCCAACCCCAAGCGGCUGAGCGCGGUGGAGCGGCUGGAAGCCGACAAGGCCAAGUACGUCAAGAGCCAGGAAGUGAUCAACGCCAAGCAGGAGCCCGUCAAGCCGGCCGUGCUGCCCAAACCAGCGUGCCCCAUCACCCGGCGGGCGUGCAGCAGCCCUGCCCUGAAGGCCUCCAACAACAAUUCCAAGUCGGACACCUGUGUCAAGAGGGAGAAUCUCAACCUAGAGAUCCUCAAGAACAUCUUGAACAGCUCUGAGACCUCAUCCACGGGGACGGCGCACAAGCACAGUGCCAGGAGCUGGGCCCCCCAGCGCUCUGAGUCGGUGGAGCUCAACCGGCGCUCUUUUGCGGAGUCCCUGAAGGUCUUCCCCUCCCAAGGUGCCUCGAGUCCCCACGGGAGCAACCUGAACAUCAGCAGGCGUUUCUUUGAGGAACAGUCCAGUGACUCAUCACUCCAUGUGUCCCACAGCUCGUCAGACAUCCGGAGGAUAUGCAAUGGCAAGACUCUGAGGGCCACUCCGAGCAGCAGCUCCGCUCCACCCCUGCCGCCUAAACCCAGCCUACUGGCUACCAACACCCUCAAAUCUCCUGACACUGAGACCGUGGAACCAGGAAGUGCAGUCACCCGGAGACCCUCCCUGCACAGGUCCAAAUCUGACCUCAGCGACAGGUACGCCCGGGCUGGUGCCGACGUCGAGCGCUUUUUCAACUACUGCGGACUGGAUCCCGAGGAGCUUGAAAACUUUGGUGUGGAGAACUUCACCCGGGCCAACUCGGACAUCAUCUCACUGAACUUCCGCAGUGCGAGCAUGAUCAGCUCAGACUGCGAGCAGUCGCGGCACAGCAACGACGACCUGACGGACGACGAGGAGGCCAACGAGCGCGUGCCCUACGGCAUAUCAGCCGUGGAGAGGAAUGCCCGGGUCAUCAAGUGGCUGUACAGCAUCAAACAAGCCAGGGAAUCGCAGAAGGUCUCUCAUGUUUGAGGGACAGCUCGCCUUCUCCGCCUCGUCCACCUGUUUUUGGCGCUCUGCAUCGUCUGUGAAUCUCAGAGUCCAUCGGUUUCUAUGCGUCCAACAUGUGACCUCCUUAGAACCUGCAUGCUUCUCGAACAUGCGACCUGACCAGGCAUCCAGUCAAAGACGCAAACCUAAGCAAAAAAAAACACAUCCACUUUGCGACGGCUGCCCUUUCCAAGCCCUCCCGCCUGAAGUACAGUAUUCCCGCUUCUUUCGAGCGAAUGUAACAGAUACGACGUCGGCUAACUGGCACCCUUGGCACGACGUCAGGUUGUGUCGCGGCCGUGCCCAUGUGGAUCGUGUAGCCAUAUCGGUGAGAAGUGUAAGGAAUGCUGCUUACAUGUGAGCAGAAGCAGUCACGCUGUAUGUAUAUACACCCACGGGUCGUAGGCGCAUGUUAUGGCCCCCGAUAGCUGUACUUACAGAGCCGCGUCACUUUUCAUUGCGCUGUCGGGUUUUGCACUGGUGAUGUGGCGCAGACAGUAUUGUAAUAUCACAAGCCUCAUGUAAUUCGCUUCCAUAUAGUUUCGUCAGCUGCGACAUUUUUCUCUGACAGCCCGUUUCUGUGGUUCUAUAAAGACUUAAUUGAAUUUGUUGAGUGGCUGCCAUUUUUAGCAUCCGUGUGUCAGAUAGAUGGCGGAGCUGCUCCACUUUUCAUCAGCAAAUUAUUUUUCUUUCCUGUAAAUGCUGUAAGGAUAUGUAAAUAAAUUCGAAGUUGUUACCGGAUCUGUAAAGAGGAACGAUCUGCUAUGCUAAUAAAUAGCUCUUGAGGCAA